GGGUGCACUUAGAAACUAGGCAAGCUGAUUUAUGAUAACUAAGUUUUAAACUCCAACAACCAAAGGUAUAAGAAUUAGGAGCUCCUGACAUUUCAACAUGAAGGGCAACUUCACUCUUGCCACCAUCAGCAAAAACAUUACCAGCAGUCUUCAUUUUGCACUUGUGACCAUCUCUGGCAACGAGUCUACCUUUAACUGUUCACAUAAGCCAUCAGAUAAGCAUUUAGAUGCAAUUCCUGUUCUCUACUACAUGAUUUUCGUGAUUGGAUUUCUUGUCAAUACUGUUGUGGUUACACUGUUCUGUUGUCAAAAGGGUCCUAAAAAGGUUUCCAGCAUUUACAUCUUCAAUCUGGCUGUGGCUGACUUACUGCUUCUGGCUACUCUUCCUCUCUGGGCAACCUAUUAUUCUUACAGAUAUGACUGGCUCUUUGGACCUAUGAUGUGUAAAGUUUUUGGUUCUUUCCUGACCCUAAACAUGUUUGCAAGCAUUUUUUUUAUCACCUGUAUGAGUGUUGAUAGGUACCAAUCUGUCAUCUAUCCCUUUCUGUCUCAGAGAAGAAAUCCCUGGCAAGCAUCUUACAUAGUUCCCCUUGUUUGGUGUAUGGCCUGUCUGUCCUCAUUGCCAACGUUUUAUUUCCGAGAUGUCAGAACCAUUGAAUAUUUAGGAGUGAAUGCUUGCAUUAUGGCUUUCCCACCUGAGAAAUAUGCUGAAUGGUCAGCUGGGAUUGCCUUAAUGAAAAAUAUCCUUGGUUUUAUUAUUCCUUUAAUAUUCAUAGCAACAUGCUAUUUCGGAAUCAGAAAACACUUACUGAAGACCAAUAGCUAUGGGAAGAACAGAAUAACUCGUGACCAAGUCCUGAAGAUGGCCGCUGCUGUGGUUCUGGCGUUCAUCAUUUGCUGGCUUCCCUUCCAUGUUCUGACCUUCCUGGAUGCUCUGGCCUGGAUGGGUGUCAUUAAUAGCUGUGAAGUUAUAGCAGUCAUUGACCUGGCACUUCCUUUUGCCAUCCUCCUGGGAUUCACCAACAGCUGCAUUAAUCCCUUUUUGUAUUGUUUUGUUGGAAACCGGUUCCAACAGAAGCUCCGCCGUAUGUUUAGGGUUCCAAUUACUUGGCUCCAAGGCAAGAGAGAGAGAGUGUCAUGCCGAAAAAGCAGUUCCCUUAGAGAAAUGGAGACCUUUGUGUCUUAAACAUGAGAGUGCAUUGCAUGUUGUCAACAUGGCAACUUGGUUUGAGCUCCCCUUGAAAUAUCUUUUAAUGGCUUUAGUAAAAUAAUGUUUUUUUCCCCUAAUGUAAUCUUUUCUCACUCUUCUAGAACAGAAAACCAAAUGUAACUAUAAGUUUUAUCCUCUGGUGACUUUCAGGAAUUGCCUAUUUUUUUUUUCUGAUCUAUCAGUACAAGACUGUCAUCGGGGAGACAUAUUCAUAACCUAGAAAUAACUAGGGGUUUAUCUCAAAUUAUAAUUAAUAACAAAUUGUGAAUUAUGAUUUGGGGUUUCAGAUUUCUCCUUGACAAAUGCUUUUGUUGGUUUUUAUAUCCAUUUUCAUCAGACUUUCCUCUUGAACCAAGGCCAGUCUCUUAACUUGUUGCAUUAUUUACAAGACAUCAUGCAAAGAGACACGAGCACUUCUAAGUGAAGUUUGCUACAGUAGAUUGGUACCAGAUUAUUCAGGCUCUAGUCUUAUACCUUCGAUUUAAAAAAAAUAUUAUAAAUAAUAAUCCUUUCACAUUUCACUUGAGCAUAGGUUUAUAUUUAAGAUAUAGCUACAUGUUGAGUAGGGCUAGGAAUAUAGAUAAGAGCACAUGUACGCCUACAUUUUAGCUUAUUUUUACAGUUAUUGAAUGUAAGAUGUAUAGUAACAUAGAUUUAUAAUUAACACGUAUUGAGCGUUCACUAAACU